CCUGUAGUCAGCUGAUAUUGCCAGGUGAAAGUUCAACCGAACUCUUCAGACAAAAUGGAAGUAAAUCAGGCAAAACAAGAGCAUCUACUUGCUUUAAAAGUGAUGCGGUUAACAAAACCCACUCUCUUCACUAACAUGCCAGUGACAUGUGAAGAUAGAGACCUCCCAGGGGAUUUGUUUGGUCGGCUAAUGAAGGAGGACCCAUCCACUAUUAAAGGAGCAGAGGCAUUAAUGCUGGGAGAGAUGCUCACACUACCUCAGAACUUUGGAAAUAUUUUCCUUGGCGAGACCUUCUCAAGUUACAUUAGUGUGCAUAAUGACAGCACCCAGGAGGUCAAGGACAUACUAGUAAAGGCAGACCUGCAGACCAGCUCUCAGAGGCUAAACCUAUCAGCGUCCAACAAUGCAGUCACAGAGCUGAAGCCUGAGUCCUGCAUCGAUGAUGUCAUCCACCACGAAGUCAAAGAGAUUGGAACUCACAUCUUGGUUUGUGCAGUCAGUUAUACCACACAGGCGGGAGAGAAGCUAUACUUCAGGAAGUUCUUUAAAUUUCAGGUUCUGAAGCCGCUCGACGUCAAAACCAAGUUCUACAAUGCGGAGAGUGACCUCAGUUCCGUGACAGACGAGGUGUUUCUUGAGGCCCAGAUCCAGAACAUCACCACGUCGCCCAUGUUCAUGGAGAAAGUGUCCCUGGAGCCCUCCAUGAUGUACAAUGUCACCGAGCUCAACACCGUGGAGACUGGGGACGAAGGAACGUCUACGUUUGGGAAGAUGUCUUACCUGCAGCCCAUGGACACGCGCCAGUACCUCUACUGCCUGAAGCCCAAAUCGGAGUUUGCAGAGAAGGCGGGCGUCAUCAAGGGCGUGACGGUCAUCGGUAAACUGGACAUUGUGUGGAAGACCAACUUAGGAGAGAAAGGAAGGCUGCAGACAAGCCAGCUACAGAGAAUGGCUCCAGGUUAUGGAGACGUCAGACUAUCACUGGAGAUGAUCCCAGACACCGUCAACCUAGAGGAACCCUUCGACAUCACCUGUAAAAUCACCAACUGCAGUGAGAGGACCAUGGACCUGGUGCUGGAGAUGUGUAACACCCGCUCCAUCCACUGGUGCGGUGUAUCAGGGAGACAGCUGGGCAAAGUCAGCCCCAGUGCCUCGCACUCUCUGCCCCUCAAACUCCUCUCCUCUGUCCAGGGCUUGCAAAGUAUAUCUGGCCUGAGACUGACCGACACAUUUCUGAAGAGGACUUAUGAAUACGAUGACAUUGCACAGGUGUGUGUGGUCUGUCCAUACAUGAGCCGUCAGAGCUAAGACUCUUCUAGACCAUUCUAGAACUGAGCACUAUAGAUCUCACAUCUCAAUGGACCAACUACCAUACUCUGCACCUAUAUCAUCACCUUACACUUACUGUACACACCCCAAGGUGAUCAUGUUUUAACAGAUGUUAUGUUUUUAAUGUUUUCUUUGCAAAAAAAAAUCAUGAUUUUAAAUUAAUGUGCAUUUAAAUGUGAAUAAAAACGUUAACUUAA